AUCUUUCUCUGUUAAGACAGAGAGGAUUAACUGAGAUAAAAAAGAUAGUUGUGGUUGGUCAAGCUAGGGUCUGAACCUCCGGUGAGCCAACGGUUCGACCCCGACCGGCCACCAUUAACACAAGAAAAAGCAAAAAACUAUAAAUAUAUAAAUAAAAAUGAAAGGACCUAAGGUGAUGCAUUCGUUCUUCGUUCUAUUUUUCAUAUUUACCGCAAUAAUUCCGAGUUUCUUGGCUCAUAUUGGAGAGUUCGACGAAGUGUGGAGGAGGAGAGCAGAGGAAGCCAGAAAGGUCGCUCUCCAAACUUAUGAGAGCGAACCUGAAAAUGUCACAUUAGCAUUUAACAAACAAGUCCGUGAUGCUAUGAAGGAAUUAAGUGAAGUAAUACCAAAGAAUGACACAAGAAGGGAGCUAGGUACUAAAAAAUACACGGGCCCUUGUAUGGUCACAAAUCCAAUCGAUAAGUGCUGGAGAUGUGACCCUAAUUGGGCAGACAACAGGAAAAAGCUAGCAGAUUGUGCAAUGGGCUUUGGAUCCAAGGCCACUGGCGGAAAGGCCGGCAGGUUCUAUGUCGUCAAUGAUUCUUCAGAUGAUUAUACCGACCCAAAACCAGGAACCCUACGUCAUGCUGUUAUUCAAAAGGAGCCAUUGUGGAUCAUAUUUGAUAGAGGAAUGACCAUUAGGCUGCACCAGGAGUUGAUCAUGCAGAGUGAUAAAACUAUCGAUGCUCGUGGGGCUAACGUUCACAUUGCUGGUGGCGCUGGUAUCAUGAUCCAGUAUACAAAAAACGUGAUUAUCCAUGGCCUACACAUUCAUGACAUUGUCCAAGGAAAUGGUGGCAUGGUUAGAGAUGCAGUAGACCAUAUUGGACUACGCACAAUGAGUGAUGGAGAUGGCAUUUCCAUAUUUGGUGCGUCCAAUAUUUGGAUUGAUCAUGUGUCAAUGUGGAAUUGCUAUGAUGGAAUUAUUGAUGCUGUUGAAGGAUCCACCGGUAUCACCAUAUCAAAUGGCCAUUUCACAGAUCAUAAUGAGGUGAUGUUGUUUGGUGCGAGUGAUAGUUCUUCAAUAGAUCAACAAAUGCAAAUUACACUAGCAUUCAAUCAUUUUGGAAAGAGAUUGGUGCAGAGAAUGCCGAGGUGCAGAUGGGGAUACAUUCAUGUUGUUAAUAAUGACUAUACUCACUGGAAUAUGUAUGCUAUUGGUGGUAGUAAAAAUCCUACCAUUAUUAGCCAGGGUAAUCGUUUCAUUGCUCCUCCUGACAUCUUCAAGAAGCAGGUAAUUUAUCCCCUCUAUUUGUUUAAUGGCUAUUUGUGCACUUGCCCCUUCAUAUGUCGCGAAUCUGAAUUAAUCGGGNUAUACAUGAAUGGGGCAUAUUUUGUUCAAUCUGGUGAUCCUGAUUGGUCAAAGAAACAUCAAAAUCUUUACGAUGGAAUAUCAGCAGCACCAGCAGAUCAAGUCACUUGGAUUACAAGGUUUGCAGGGGCACUUGGUUGCAAGGUAGGACAGGCUUGUUAGAAACUGCCAGGAAUUCAAAAAUAUUAUAACCACCACGGGAUACUAUACAGUAUAUUUUUGUACAUAAUCGAGACACUCUCAAUUUUGAGUAAUUUUAGUUUUGUAAUCAAUGUUUCGGUUAUGGAAAAGAAAUUCUUUUUGAUUAAUUCAA